UAAUAUCUAUGAAAAUACGUAUUAUUUUAUAUUGCUUUGAAUGUCGUGAUAUGCUAAGAUUAUGAUAUUAUUAAAAGGAUUUCUCUCUCGUAAAUAUCAAUUUUUACUGUUAUAUGUAGACUAAACAAGCGAAAUGACAUUUUCUUGAAUUCUUGUGCAGGAUGACAAAAAUUCGAUUUGAUCCCGCCUCUAUUCAUAUGACCCCAAGUUUGAACUCUUUCGGAAAGCUUUUCGCGCAUGCUCAACGCGGUAAAUUAAAACAAACAUGUCGGAAAACAGCAAAUCUAACCGAGGAAGAAAGAGAUGUUUAACCGAUUCUGCGAGAAAAAGAAAUAGAGCCACAGUAGCAUCUAAAUGGAACAAAAGCAGAGUAUAUAUUGGUAAUCAGUUUGAACGCUGGAAUGAAUUGAAGGCCAUAUUGAAUGUGGAUACGCAUGCCGAAGUAGCCAAUGUUUUGCUGAACAAUUAUCAUGCAAAUAAUAUAGUUGAUGCAGUCAGUGAUUAUCAACCAAACUCCCAAAAAUCUGAAACAGAAGAAUUAGAAAGAACAGUUAAUGUAGUUUCAAAGGAUACAGCUGUAACUUCAACACCUGGACCAUCACAUAUACAUUCUCGUUUCCACACCACAUGUGAUGUGUCAGACAUAUCAUCGGCUGGAGAAUAUCAUAGAGAGUCAGACAUGUCGGGUAUUGAAGAGUUUUGUAGUAGUGCGAAAAAAGCGUAUGAAAUUGAGAAGUCAACUUCCUUUAUUAAUCCUUUCGAUCUUACAAUUGACGAGGAUGAAAUGUGCUUGCUGGACGAUGAUUCGUCUGAUUCUGAUGAGGAAUUUCAGCCAAAUUUCAACUUAACACUCAGACCAAGUAAUGCAGACCAGCUUCCUAUAGAGUACUCGGAUGAUGAGUCUGACACAUGUGAUGAUGACCCUGCUGAUGCUGCAGAAACAGACUACAAGAGAGUAAACAGUAUUGAGGACGUAGAAACUUUAAUUACUGACCGCCCUCUUCUUGUAUACCAACAGCCCUUGUUGGAUUUGGCCAACACACAGAUUAGUACUAUCUGCAAAAUUUGUAAUGAAGCUGUCAGCAUUUGUGUGGAUAAUAUUGGUUCAGCAACAUAUCUUAAAUGGGUCUGCAAAUUAGGUCAUGUUGCGAAUAGGUGGUGUUCGCAGUCAAUUCUCAACAGAAGAAUGCAUGCUGGAGACCUUGUUUUUGCAUCAGCCAUCCUAUUGUCGGGCAACAAUUUCCAGAAAAUUUCAACACUGGCAAAGUUCUUAAAACUUCCAAUUCUUAGCUCCUCAUCAUUUCACAGAAUUCAAAAAACCUACCUUGUUCCAUCAAUUGACAGAUUUUGGAUUCAGAAACAAGAAAGUACUCUUAGAGAAUUUCAAAAUACAGAUAUAAUAGUUUUAGGUGAUGGGCGUAUGGAUAGCCCAGGACACUGUGCACAAUACUGUUCAUACACCUUCAUGGAGUAUACAUCCAAGAAAAUUCUAUGCAUCACAACAAUGGACAAACGAAGUACUGACCGGAAAAGCACCAACCUGGAGAAAGCUUGCUUCCUGCGAGGGAUGCAGUUUUUUAAAGACAAAGGCAUCAAAGUUGUAGAGGUGGUGACUGAUGCACAUGUCCAAAUCGCUUCAGUAAUGAGAAAGGAUUUCCCGGAUAUAAAGCAUUCUUUUGAUGUCUGGCACGGGACAAAGAAUUUGGGAAAGAAACUCAUAAAGAUCAGUCAAGAAAAAGGAAACAAAGAAUUGAGUGGAUGGGUCAAGGAUGUAGUAAAUCAUUAUUGGCACAGUGCAGAAGUUUCUACCACUUGUGAAGAGUUUCUUGAUGUUUGGUAUGGUAUGCUCCAUCAUAUUGUAAAUGAACAUGAGUGGUUUGUACCAUUUGCAAACUCUACGGUAAGCACUUGCCAACACGGCCCUUUAGAAGAUGGUAGUCAGACAAAGGAGUACCUUAAGAAAGGAUCAGCAGCCCAUAAUGCACUUAGACAAAUCGUAAUGGAUAAACGGCUUGUGAAAAACAUUCCAUACUACCUUAACUGCCGGAGCACGUCAGAACUGGAAAAUUUUCAAAAUCUAAUUCUGGUGUAUUCCUCCAAGAGACACUCUUACAGCCCUCCAGUAUAUAGGGCAAGAAACAGGUUGGCUGCCCUUGACCAUAAUUCUCAUGCAGAGCGAGAGGUGAUGAAGAACAAAGAUGGUUCUCUGAGGUGGCAAAGAAGUUACAACAAAAAAACAUCUAGAUGGUCUGUCCAUCCUGUAAAAGUGGAGAAAAAUUACAGUUAUGUUCAAGACCUAAUUCGGCAUAUCAUCACCAGCAGGAUAGAGGAUGACAUUGGAAUGAACAGACCCAUGGAAUUGGAGGCAGACGAUCCACGGCGGAUAUCUGCCCAUUUGGCACCAGUUCCACCACCAUCAACGAGAGACAUUGUGGCUUCUCAAAUUUCUAGAUUCGAAAAUCUAAAUAAAACAAUUGAGUACUGGACAGCGGAGGGGCAGUAAAGCUUUCAUUUGUGACAAUAUUAUGCCAUUGAUAGGGCUGGGUAAUGCCUAGAGAUUUCCAUAUUGCCAUGUUCUGUGAUAUUUAUCUCUGUGAUAUUUAUCAUAUAUUUUAUUACAGGGAGCUAGACAUAGUGGUUUGCUUCACUUGCAUAUGGAUGAUGCUGUAAUCAGAGAAUUGUUACAGGUUUUUCUCUUUGAUAAUUGUAUGUCAUUAGUCAUCAAUUUAAAUAAAUAAAUCAUGUUUUUUUUAUUGAUAU